GGUGCUCAUUGGAGUUGUUGUCAUGUUUCUGGUGGGCUGGUGGCUGGUGCUGUACUGUCACGUCUUAGGAGCUUAGAGGGGGUGACACGUGAUACAUAUACUUAAAUAGAAACGUAUUUUAAUAUUUUGGAAGUAUAAAAUAGGAUGCAUUUAUACAUAAACCUAGGGUCACUUGACAAAAUGACAAAUGAAAAAAAAAAAAAAAACCAAUUAGAAUCUGUAACAUUAUGAUGUUGACAUGUAGAAUUCCCUUACACUUUUUUUUCUAAGUUGGAUCAUUUCGCCAAGUCCUCCAAGCUAGGGAUGCAAUUCAAUCCAAGUUCGAUUCGAAUAAAGAAAAAAAAUCCGAUUAGAAUGCGUUUAAAAAUAGUCUGAAUUCGAAUCUGACAAAAUAGAUUUGAAUUUGAAUAAGAGGCGGAUCGAACUUGGACCCUGCACAAAGUCCGACAUAGUCCGAUUUGAGUCCGAGUCUGAUCAGAGUCCUAGGUUGUAGUUUAAGUACAUUAUAUUUAGAUUUUAUAUUCUAGGGUUUUUCGAAUAUUUUACGCACUAAUAUGAUGUAAAAAAAAUUUAAUUACAGACAACGCAAGUAUUUAUAAGUAUAUCACAUAUUAUUCUCAAAAAAAAAAAAAAAAAAAAAAAAAAGAAUACUCGGAUCAAUCUGGAUGUCUGAAUAAACGGAUCGGAUUUGGACCCGAGUCCACGAUCCGAAUAUCCAGAAUUUGGAUUUAGCCACAUCCGACCCAAAUCCAAUCCAUUGUCAUUCCUACUCUAAGCAUGCAAUUUAAGGAAGAUUUUAGACUAGGUACACAUUCAAAAUUUAUACUUCGUAUUAACUUACCACCGAUAAGAGGAAAGGAUUAGGUUAUAACGAUUUAGAAUAUUUAAAUUAAUUUGUUCAUUUUCUCUAAUCACUUCGUUAAAUACAAGGAAAAAUUGAAACUAAUAAUCUCACCUUUGGCUCAUCUUCUAAAAAAAAAUCCCACCUUUGCGUAUUAUGAAAACAAUCCCACCUUUACACCCCAUAUUCUCAAAAUGAGCUUUUCUACCUAUAACCGAUUCAGCAGGUAAAUUUUUUGUUUUUUUCUUUUAUUUUUUCCUUUAAUCUAUCUCUUCCCACCUUAUCACCUUCUUUCAUGGCAACCCCUCCAUCACCACCAUGGGUACCACCCUUCACCCCCACCUCUGAACUAAACCAGCCCUAACCACCACAUCACCAUCGAACUGACCCCCAUCCCGAAACUCAAAGGGGCUUCCAUGUUCCACCUCCAACCAUUACAAACCCAAUCAGCCACAUCGCCAAUAACAAUCCCUCCUCACCUCUAUACAAAUUCCAGCAAUCACAUCACCAUCUCCAACCCCUAAUUCUCACACCCUUACACAGCAGCCCCAACCUUCGCCUACUCCCCUGCUCCCCACCGCAACAACCACCUGACAUCGUAACCAAUUUCGACAUCUGCGAACCACACACCUGCUCCGCAACACCUAACCACAAUGGUUUUGGGCUGAUUUGUGGGUUGUAUUGCGAAUUUUGGGCACUAUUUUUGUUUGAAUUGGUGGCUGUCGGGAUUAUUGUUAGGCUGAAUGAAUGGUGGAGCGGCGCUGCUGGUGAGGUGCGUUGUCCCGGUUUUGGUGGUUGGUGGCGUGUGGAGUUGGGUAUUAUACGGCCUGUGAGAAAUGGUGAAUGGCUUUACAAUGGUUUUGGUGGUUUCGGUGACGCCGACGUCCGACAGGAAAGGGAAUAAACGAAGGGGGAAGAGGAAGGGGAAUUCCGAUAGGUGGCUGGGUUAGGUUGGUGUGGCGGGUUGCUGGUCCGACGAGAGAGGGAGGGACCAGCAAGGGAGGGAGUCGGGGAAGGGGAGGGAAUCGAUGGCUGGGUCUAGCUGUUCCGGCGAGUGGUUGGGUCUGGCUGUUCCGGCGAGUGGCUGGGUUCGACAGGUCAUCCGGCGGCUACUCCGAUGAGACAUUUGCUCCGACAGGGGAAGGAAGAAGAAGGGUUAUUAUUAUUAUUUUUGUUUAUUCCUUUAUUUUAAAAAAAAAUUAUAAAUAAAACCCAAUUAGAAGGUGACACGUGUCAUAUUACCUUCUAAAACAGGUUACCAAUUGUACAAAUUGAUAAAAGGCUUGUUUUGAGAAUAUAGGGUAUAAAGAUGGGAUUGUUUUCAGAAUACGCAAAUGUGAGAUUGUUUUGAGAAGAUGAGCCAAAGGUGGGAUUAUUUCCAGAAUACUCAAAGGUGGGAUUGUUUUGAAAAGAUGAGCCAAAUGUGGAAUUAUUAAUUUCAAUUUUUCCAAAAAAAUGAUAAGUAGGUGUGUUGCAACUUAUAUACACUUUUUUAAAAAAAACUACUAUGUUUAAUUUAUUUUCAUUCCAUUACCCAAAUGUGAAGGUAUCAAGCUGAAAUUACUGAUAGUUGAAUUAGUAGAGAAUAUUAAGUGACAAUUGUAUUCUACUACGUAGAAAAAAUAACUUAUUUCUCUAGAAAAAAAAAAAGAGGAAAAAAAAAAAAAACAGGAAAAUGCUAUACAUAGCCCUAAGGGCUAUGAAUAAGAAGUUAAAAGAGGAAAGCAUUAGUGAAAUAUAUUCAUUAAUUACACUGAUUUGCAUUAGUAUUGCAAACUUAGGUGUCUACCCAAAAAAAAAAGGUGGACUUUUCUUCUGCAUUAGUAUUGCAAACUUAAGUGUUACCCGAAGCUGUUUCAUCAAACACAAACCUUAAAUAGUUACUUUGACAGCUAAGCUUUAACAACUAUUAGUCGACAACUAACAACUUAAAGCCUAAUAGUUAACAAUUAUAACUAGUUUUGUCGAACAUGGCUUGAGUUUUGGUCACCAUAGAAGAGCAGGACCAUGAACCCCAAAACAGGAAGUAAAUACGGAGUUGUCCAGUAAACAAUGAGCAGCUUUACUGCAACAUAUUUACUCCAAUUUGACAGAUUUACAGCCCAGACUCCUUUAUUACAACCUCAACUGUCCUCGCCCCAUUACCCUCAAUAUUUCAACCCUAUACUUAGCCUCCUUUUCUCUCUUCCAUUUUCAUUGUCAAAGUAAACAAUGAAAAUGGGGUUAACAAAAAAUGUACUGGUUUUUACUUUUUUACUCGCUGUUUCGGUGUUUCGGCGAAGUUAUGGUGAGCCUCUGGUACCCAUACUUUGCAUAUUUGGGGACUCUGUUGUUGAUUCAGGCAACAACAAUGGCCUCUACACUCUAAUCAGAGCUAACUUCCCUCCUUAUGGAAGAGACUUUGUCACCCACCAGGCUACUGGAAGGUUUUGCAAUGGAAAACUUGCUACUGAUUUCACUGCUGAGAAUCUGGGGUUUACUGCGUAUCCACCGUCUUACCUCAGCCAAGCAGCACGAGGAAAGAACCUACUGAUAGGUGCUAACUUUGCAUCUGCUGGUUCUGGUUAUGCUGAAAGAACAGCCAGCUUAUAUCGGGCGAUAUCGCUGACGCAACAGUUGGGGUACUACAAGGAUUACCAGAGUAAGGUGACAAAAAUGGUGGGAAGUGAGAAAGCAAAAGGGAUGUUUUCAGGUGGAAUUCAUAUUCUGAGUGCAGGAAACAGUGAUUAUCUACAGAAUUACUACAUCAACCCUUACAUCUACCGACAGUAUACACCUGAUCAGUUUGCUGAUAUUCUCAUGACCUCCUUCGCUAACUUUGUCCAGACAUUGUAUGGACUUGGAGUAAGAAGGAUAGGAGUAACGAGCUUACCGCCAAUGGGGUGCUUGCCAGCAGCCAUUACCCUGUUUGGAGGAGGAAGCAACCAAUGCGUAGCAAGGCUUAAUAAGGAUGCUGUUUCAUUUAACAGCAAACUGAAUGGCAUGGCACAAAACUUGCAGUCAAAACACUCGGAUUUGAAAUUGGUGGUCUUUGACAUCUACCAGCCUCUCCUAGACAUCAUAGCACAUCCCAUGGAAAAUGGUUUCUUUGAAUCAAGAAAAGCUUGCUGUGGAACGGGAACAAUAGAAACAUCCCUGCUUUGCAAUGAAAGAUCCGUAGGGACAUGCUCCAAUGCCACCCAGUAUGUUUUCUGGGAUGGGUUCCAUCCCUCUGAAGCAGCAAACAGUGUAUUGGCCGGUGCUCUCCUAGCACAGGGAUUUCCCCUGAUAGGUUAAAUCAUCAAGAAACACUUCUAGUUUUCCUUACAAAUGCAGAAUGGAGCUUGGGCCACUCUGCUUCUCUGGCAGAUGUAAUAUAUUUGGAGUGUAACAUGAGAGCUAAUUAAUUUUGCUCCUUGUAAAACAUGCGGGGUUUAGUAAGAGUUUAGCAGUACUAGCUGUUUGACAAAACACCAUCAUAUAGGUAAAUAUGAAGGUUCCGUCAUCAAGUCCAGGACAAUUCAUAUUAGCUUCCCACCCUAUGAUUAUCAUUAGUUACAAUUCAGUGAUGCA